GUUCGAGCAGUGUUAGCGCUAUUAGCAACUAUGGUAAACAAGUUAAAGCGGUUCGUCGUUCAGCGUUGGUUCUUGCGGUUCUUUUCGUUCUUGAAAUAAUUUAGCUGCUGUCCUAAAGAGUGUUCAUCGCAACAAUAACAUCUGUCACAAAAUGUCAAGGGACACCGCUAAGACAAAGCUGUCCAGGCAUCUUCUCGACAUGAAGUUCAUGAAAAAGAGCAAGGAAAAAGCGGAAAAAGAUGCAGAGGACGAGGAGCAUCAGUCGUUGUUCAACAGCGAUAUUAUGAACACCAUCAAAAAAGAAGGGAGCAUGUACAUUUGCGAAGAAAGCUUUGUGCCUCUCAUGGGUCUGCUCCCUGGAAGGAUGUCCUUCAAAGGUCGCAACCCCGAUAUUGAGCGACUCAUGCGCGACAAUGAACUCAAGGACCCGCAGUACUCAAAGAUGCCUGGCAUCUCUGAUGAAGAGAUGGCUGAAAGGUACUCCACACUGGUUAAAACCAUGGCCAAGAAGUUCACCAAGAAAAAGCAUCGUCCCAGCCCGGAUCCUUCGGAAGAGCGGAAGCGGAAGAUUCCAAAGGCUACCAAGUUCCAGAAGCCAUCCGACGACACAUGACAUGUUUCUUCCAAGUUGCAAGAAGCUGAACCUACUGUGCACGCGAGUGAUCGUCUAUCAUCUCAUCAAUUAAAUCUCUAAAGGGGUCUGA